UUUAAAUAAAAUAUGAAGUAAUAACGCAAACGAAUUAAUAACGAUAUAAGUUAUAUAUGCUCUGGUGUUUUGCACAACAUAUAUAAUUUACCAUGCAACCAAAGAGUUGUCAAGUGUUGACACAUUACUGAAAUAUAUUUGUUUAUAUAUUUUAAUAAAAGAGUGUUAAAUUGUAAGAAGUAAUUAUAAAGUAACAAUGAACUUUGCUUAUUUAAAAAUAUAAGAAAAUAGUAUUUAUUUCACAAUUUAGAUAUUGUUGUCAAUGUGCAGUAACUGUGAAUUGUACAUACCGCAAUGCAUUAUUGUGAAUGCAUUUUUUUCGCCGUAGUCACGUACACCAGUUUUAUGCAGUAGGCUUAGUUUAAUGGGCUUGCUUUAAAAAAAAAUCAGUUUUUAAGUAUAGCAUAAAAGAAAUAUUAUGUAAAAACUUGUGCCGAUUGGAAAUAAGAGUUAAAUAAAAUUAUUUAAAUGCAUAAUUGAAGUGGAAUGAAUAUUUAAUGGACUAUAACCUAUUAAAAAUAAGUAUAUUGUUUUAAAACAUCGUUAAUAGAGGAAACUAGAGAUAAACUAAAACAAUAAAAUCUUUAAAUUCAUUAAUCUUAAUCAAUACCACAAUAAAGACACACAAAAAAAUGUCUACACAUCCUGAUCCAUACCACAUAAUGGUAUUUCACCCCACAUGGGAGGAAUUCAAAGACUUUCCAAAAUAUAUUAAUUAUAUAGAAUCUCAAGGUGCACAUAAGGCCGGUUUGGCCAAAGUUGUACCACCUCCCGAGUGGGUGCCACGUAAAAGUGGUUAUGAAGACUUAGAUGCUCUAAAUAUAACUAUACCUGCGCCUAUAUGUCAAGUAGUGAGCGGCCAACAGGGUCAUUUCCAACAAAUUAAUAUACAAAAAAAAGCAAUGACCGUUAAACAAUUCUCAGAUUUAGCAAAUACAGAACGGUAUAGACCUCCAAAACAUUUCGAUUUUGAGGAUCUUGAAAGAAAGUAUUGGAAAAAUAUAUCAUACGUUGCACCUAUAUAUGGUGCUGAUGUUAGUGGGAGUAUAACAGAUCCUGAUCAAAAUUAUUGGAAUAUCAAUCGCUUGGGAACCAUACUCGAUUUUGUAAAUGAAGAUUAUGGCAUACAAAUUGAUGGAGUCAAUACGGCGUAUCUAUAUUUUGGCAUGUGGAAAACAACAUUUGCUUGGCAUACAGAAGAUAUGGAUUUAUAUUCUAUUAAUUAUUUACAUUUUGGUGCACCAAAAACGUGGUACGUAGUACCUCCUGAACAUGGACGAAAAUUAGAAAGUGUCGCUACUUCAUACUUUCGGUCAAGUUACGACAAUUGUCAUGCUUAUUUGAGACAUAAAAUGACAUUACUUAGUCCACAAAUACUAAAGGAACAUAAUGUUCCAUAUAAUAAAAUUACACAACAAGCGGGGGAAAUAAUGAUAACAUUUCCAUUUGGAUAUCAUGCCGGAUUUAAUCAUGGCUUUAAUUGCGCAGAGUCUACAAAUUUUGCAAUGGAACGUUGGAUAGAGUAUGGAAAACGUGCCACUCAAUGUACCUGCAGUAAUGAUAUGGUAAAAAUAUCGAUGGAUACUUUCGUUAAACGAUUUCAAUCUACGCGUUAUCAAGAUUGGCUUGAAGGAAGAGAUUUAGGCAGACAUCCAGAGGAUCCACCUAAUGCUCCACUUACACCAGCUCCAUUACCCACUCAUUUGGAUGUAAUGUGUAACAAAACUCCUGGAGGUGACGAACUACCUAAUGAGUUAAUACACAGAAUGAAGAAGCAGUGCUAUCCAACUAAAAAGAAAUCGUUCAGAGAACGAAACCCGGAUUUGAACUUAGAGGAAAUACAGCGAAAUCCAAAUGUACCUGAUGAAGUAAAAGCAGUACUCAAAGCCGAAACUGUUAAUUUGGUUGAACCUGAAGACGAAGAACCGGCUAUAGUUGGUGAAGAAGUGGUGGUUGUUGCAGAACAGCUACCAGUAUUUAAAUCGGAGCAAGAACUUCUUGCCUAUAUUGAUGAUGACAUUACAGACGAUGAUGAUGAUCUAUUCUUAAAACGCAAAAAUAAACGCAAAAGCGAUGCUGAUUACGAUGAUGAUUGGUUAGUAACCAAACGUCGUGCUAAUUCACGUAACAGCAGUAGAGGACGUAGUCCUAGGGUCAAAGACGAUCGUUCCGCUUCGCCGGCAUCUUCGACGUCUUCAACAUCAAAAUCGCGUAAGAGCACAACUCCAGCUAAAACACCACGUAAAACACCAAUCCGUAAAAAGAAAUCAUUAAAUAGUUCAGAUGGAGAAACAACAUCAAGUACACCAAUUAAACAAGAGACUCAGCAACAGACGCAUGCACAAGUAGUGCGUAAGCUUAAUGAGCAAUUAAUUAAUGAGCAUCCAACAUUUCAAUUUAUGCAUCAGCAGCGUAAAUUUGAAGGAAAAAUACCAAAAUUAAAACAACAACAACAACAACAGGAAAUUCAUCACCAGCAGCAGCAUCAGCAUCAGCAGCAACAAUCUCAGCAACAACAGCAAAUAAAUAAUGUUGCUACAACUAACGCUGGAACACCGUUUACUAGUCAACAAACUGUAGAAAUAAUAAAUCCGCAACAACUUCCCCAACAUCAAACGAUUGUCUAUACAACAAUGUUACCUGCAGCAACAACAUUAAAUGGUAUACCACAUCAGCAACCGCUGCACCAGUCAAGUCAACAAACGCAAUAUAUUAAUUUGCAAACAACACCCAAUAUUGCAACGAGUACGGAUGGCGGUGUUUAUAAAAUGCAAAGUGAAAUUAUUUGUGAUGCGAAUGGAGGAACAUAUAUACAACAUCAUCCGUCGCAGCCCUCCCAGCAACUACACCAACAACUUCAACAUUCACAACAGCAACACCAGCAAAAUACUAGUCAAAAUAAUGUCACCGUUGGUGCAAACUCUACAGACAAUGUGGUCACCACAAUUAGCUCAUCACCUUUACUGCUAACCACAAAUGUGGCUGCGUCUUUAAAUCAGAAUAAUACUAAUAAUAACGACACAACGAAUACACAUACAACAACACUAAUAAAUGCGAACAAUAUCAAUGUCAACGUCGGAUCACAUACCCAACAACAACCACAAUAUCAUUAUAUUACCACAACUGGAGAGGACGGUCAAACUCCAACAACUAUUGUUUUUGAAAAUUAUAAUGGCAAUGAUAUAGUUAGUGAUGGAAAUUGUGGAGAUGGCACUACAAUUAUCAAAUUUGAAGAAGACAGUCAAGAUUAUGAAGAAUUUCAAGUUAUUAAAACUGAACCUGAUUUAGAGAGCAAUACAACUACUACAUUGUUAACUAAUAGCAGUCACACACAAGAACAGUCACUGCAGCAGCAGCAGCAGCAACAACAGCAACAGCAGCAGCAGCAACAACAAAAAUUGUCACAAGUCACAUACACAAUAACACAGGAUGUCGAUAUGAACCAAACAAUAACUGAAACAAUUACUGUGCCUUCCACAACUCCAGCAAAUGUUAAACAGAAACGUAAACGUAAAGCUCGUCUUGUGGCUGACGAUGAGCAGGGCGAGUAUUUGGAAAAAAUGUCUGUACGUGGUCUUGAUAUUCAACGCUAUGAACAUAUUAUUGAUGGCGUUUCAUAUUGUUUGGUAUGUGCCAAAAAUGACAUUUACAAAACUUUCAAAAAUAAGUAUAGUUUCCAACGACAUGCCUAUCUGUUCCAUGAAGGCGACAAUCGUAAAAUAUUUGCUUGUCCUAUUUGUAAUAAAGAAUUCUCACGUCCAGAUAAAAUGAAAAUGCAUAAAAAGGAUAAGCAUGGUGAUGCUCCAGUACCAGCUAAUGGUACUGCAACACCCGCUAAAACAAAUGAAAAUGCUCAAACUCCGGGAAGUAAGCGUGCACGUGCAAGCACAGCUCGCACACCUCGCCAGCGAAAGGUGCGUGUGGCCACAGGGGCUAAUACAAAUUCACCAUCAGCGACUAAAAAGAGACUUGCACAGAUCGAUAGUGUUUUAGAUGAAGUUCAGAAUGCAGAUUCUAAUCAAUCUGAAUCUAUUGUUCAACAGCAACAACAACAACAACAGCGUCAAACUAAUUUAAUAAAACAUGAACCACAAGAUUCUUCUCCACAACAUCAUCAGACAUUGCCUUCAAUUGAUUUAAGUGGUAUGAUAUUACCGGGAGGUGCGCAAUUAGCACUUGCAAACCCCGGCUCUACUUCAGCAUUAUUACAAGCACAUCGUUCCACACCUGUUCAACAAACUUCUGUCUUACAGACACAACCCAGUACAAACGGUACCACUUUAAUAUAUUCAAAUCAACUUGAUUUGCAGCAAGCUCUACUGCAGCAACAGUUGCAUGGUCAGAGUAUAAUGAUACAAGAUCAAGCAGGUAAUUUAGUACCACUGCAAUCAUUACAAACGCUUGAUGGUACUCAAACAAUUUACACAACACAAGCGGCGCCACAGCAGCUAUUGCAAACAACACAAGCUUCUACAGCAACAUAUCAAGCAACGCCGUCACAGCAGAUACAGUUGCAAACAGCAACGCAUCUACCGCAGCAACAGCAGGACACAAUAAUUACAACAUCAAAUCAAUCGCAACAUGCACAGUUGCAGCAACAACAACAAGGCCUUGUUACACAUCAGCAACAAAUUAAAGUGGCACAACAACCAAAUAAUCAACCCUCCACUAGUCAGCAACACUACGAAAUCGAUAAUGUUGCCUAUCUAUCGUCAACAGCUGCCACACCAGCACCACCUGAACAACACGUUAUCGGUACAGUGCAAAGUUAUCAAAUAUUAACACCGGAUGGCCUACAAAGCUAUCAGACAGCAGCUGGUACCACAAAGCUGGAACCAACCGAAUUGUCAGAACUCUGUCCUUAUACCUCAAUGAGUAAUACCACACCGCAAUACACAUUCACCACGCACGGCGGUCAUUUAACUGCUACCACAUUAGAUCCAACCCAACAGCAUCAUCAGCAACAACCAACAGCCACACAUUUACAAGUCGCUACUAGUCAUCAUCAACACGGUCAACUGCAACAUCAGCAACAAACAUUACCUCACCAUCCACAUCACCAAUUUAUGGAAUUGAAAAAUGAUUUGCUUCUUAAAAGCACGGAUUCCUAUACAUUGGAUCCUGGAUCAAUGUAUCACUUACCAUUCUCACCAACUUCGAUGAUAAAUGCUGUGAAUGAUGUCAACGCCGGUUCACUACUGGAAACCAAAGAAAUUAGCUACGAUAUUACUGAAGCAGUGCUUUUAGCCCUUUAAAAAGCCUUCAACGCAGUUGCGCCUCUAUCGUUUCUCAAGACUAAAUACCAAAUCGGAAAAGCCAUUGUUAGACUAAACGUAAUAUAAACAGCAAUAAAUCAUACUCUCAAAUGUUCGUAUGAGUUAUGUAAUAUUAAUUAAUUAUAUUAAUAAUCUUAAAAUUGAUAAAAAUUUUAUAAUUGCAUAAAAACUGCAACAAUUGUUAUUAAAAAAGGUUCUUCUAAUAAAAAAACGAAUCGAACUACAAAGACUCCCAAGACCAAAACAUCCUUCCCAAAUAAGCAUAAAAAUUUAGCGUCAU